ACGACAUUAAACAAUGAAAAAGUCUUCAAAAAGAUGAAGAUGUGCAUCGGGCUGUCCUCCCCUGGUCCUCAUGCCUUCCUGGUGAUUCUUCAGAUCGGCAGGUUCACGGAGGAAGAGAAACAAACUGUGAAGAUGAUUCAAGACACCUUUGGUGAAGAUGCAGAUAAGUACACAUUGGUGUUGUUUACCAAUGGAGACAAGCUGAAGGAACAAAGUAUUGAAGAUUUUGUUUCAAAGAGCGACGACCUGCAAGAAAUCAUUCAGAAAUGUUAUGGCCGUUACCACGUCUUCAACAACGAGGUGAACAAGCCGUCUCAGGUCAGCGAGCUCCUGAAGAUGAUAGACGUGAUGGUCGAGGAUAACGGCGACUCGUACUACACCGCGGAGAUGUACAGGAAAGCAGAGGAAGAAAUAGAGAAGAAGACACAAGAAAUCCUGCAACAGUCUGAGGCCCAGAGAAAGAAAGAAAUGGAGGAGCGGGAAAGCAGAUUCUCCGGGGAGAUGUUGAAAAUGCAACAAGAAAUGAUGAAAAUGAAACAUGAGACAAUACGAUGUCAAGCAAGAGCUGAAGCCAUGGAACAAGUCCCCAAAAAGUUCAGAGUCUCCAAAAAGUUCAGAGUCUCCAAGAAGUUCAGAGUCCCCAAAAAGUUCAGAGUCUCCAAGAAGUUCAGAGUCCCCAAAAAGUUCAGAGUCUCCAAGAAGUUCAGACUUAGAACCAGGAAACACCUCGCUGUGUUUCUGGAGUGGAACGGCCGGCGCGGCAAACAGGAAGUGGUCCAACCGUCCGAGGGACCGCCCGGGACGCCCCCCAGACACACGGCCCAGGUGCCUGAUGGGUAA